UCAGGUACUCCACCUGUUCAGAGGCGGACGAACGACGUCAGCGCCGCGAACAAAAGAAGAAUGAGGAAGGAGAGUUCAUCCAGCGGGUCAAGAGGGACGACAAGAAACCGAGCUCUCCUCCGACUUGAGGGAAAGUGUUUUUAAACACCGGAGGAAAGUUUUCUGGGGGGAAUGGCGCGCAGCUGCACCGGGGGCUGCUGCGCCCGGUUCGCGGAGCGGCACCAGUCGGGGCUGAAUUUCGGGCUGCUGGUGGUCGCCUACAUCCUGUACCUCGUUAUCGGCGCGGGGAUCUUCACCGCCAUCGAGCUGCCCUACGAGCGCGAGCUCCGCCAGGAGCUGCGGGCGGCCCGCGAGGACUUCCUGAGCGAGAACACCUGCGUGUCCGACGCGCGCCUGGAGGAGCUGCUGGCGCGCGCGCUGGACGCCAGCAAUUAUGGAGUGUCCGUGUUGAAUAACGACACGCACCGCAACUGGGACUUCGUGUCCUCCCUGUUCUUCACCAGCACCGUGCUGACCACCACAGGCUAUGGCCACACUGUCCCACUCUCCGACGAAGGGAAGGCCUUCUGCAUCUUCUACACUCUCCUCGGCGUCCCCGCCACCCUCUUCUUCCUCUCCGUUGUCGUUCAAAGGAUCAUGGUCGUUGUGAGCCGGCGCCCGGUGUCGUACUUCCACAGGCGAUGGGCCAUGUCCAAAGCAAAGCUGGCUCUUAUCCACGCCACCUGCCUGGCCCUCAUCAUGGUCCUGCUCUUACUCAUUAUCCCCGCUUGGAUCUUCAUCACCAUGGAGAGAGACUGGAACUUUCUGGAGUCCCUGUAUUUCUGUUUCAUCUCUCUGACGACCAUUGGCCUGGGGGAUUACGUCCCUGGAGAGACUCACAGUAAAGAAGACAACCCGCACCCACAGCUGUACCGGCUGGCCAUUACAGUCUACCUGUUAGUGGGCCUGGUGUGCGUCCUGGUGGUGAUGGAGACGUGUUACGAACUGCCCCAGAUGAGACGCUUCAGGCAGCGCUUCUACCUGGAAAAAGUCCGGGAGCUGGACUCAGAGACCACCAACAUCAUCGAGCGGGACCACGCCAGCGACGAGCUGCACGAGCCGGCGCGUCCCGGGACGCCCCAGCCGCCGGCCUUCUCCUCGGUGCUGGAGCAGGCCGCGUCGAUGCGGCAGGACGGCGGCCCGCCGCCUUACACCCCAGCAUCAGGAUCCACCAUCAACCAGCAAGCCAGAUGACAGGCCGCGCGGGGAAGUCCCUGUACUCAUUAGGACUCUGGUCUGUGAACCCUUGCUGCUGAUCUGGACUCUCAUCUGACCUCUGUUUGGGUCACACCAACGUGAAUAAUUGUUUAAUGGGUGUUUGCUGUCCACGACCGCCAACAUCAACACACAUCUGUGGCGUAAAAGCAGGCGCUACCCACAUAUCACCGAUACGGCCUCCUUUAUCAGCACGGCGUUGUUUUUCCUCCAGUUCCCGGGCAGAUAUAAAUCUGUGACAGAGGAAGGGAUGGGCCCCCCUAAACCAGGGAAAACCCACAAGUUUCCACAUCCUGCCAAAGUCUUGCUGCCAUAAUUCCAAGGCGCCUCUGUUUGCCUGAGAGGAUUUCACGCCGACUCUUCACACACUGUAUAAUCAAAGGUAUUUGCAUAAAAAAAUGUGCCUUCUUGGAAAUAGUGAAAUGCCAGCAGAAUCAGCCAAACCAGCGUUUUGUUUAUAGUGUAGAUUAGGGUCAAGGACUCCGAGAAGGAAGUCAGGGAAAGAAAACAAACAUCCUCCGCGCUUCAUUCAGGUGGCGAUUGACGUCUUGAGAAGAACAGCGGUGCCUGGGUUCAGGAGGAGCACGCAGGACUUUCUGUGCAAGGUGUCUGCCACACACACACACACACACACACACACACACACACACACACACACACACACACACACACACACACACACACACACACACACACACACACCA